AUGGCUACUCCCACAGAUCAAACAUGCUCAGCAGAGUUCCUGCAAGAGCAUGUAGAGCUUUCCACCUCCCCCGCUGCAGAUUUGGUCGCAGAUUCGGGAGAACAGCCCAAUAUACCAAUUUGCAUCAAGAUCACCUCGGUCGAGAAGGGCACCGUGAAGGCGGGGCUACGGGUCGAGAAGAAGCACUUGAACUCAAAGGGGUUCCUGCACGGGACGGUCAGUACAUGUUUGAUUGACUGGAUGGGGAGUAUGGUGAUUGCUUCUCAUGGGUUGGAGAAGACGGGGUUGAGCACAGAUAUUCAUGCAACGUAUAUUGCGACGGCCCAGGAGGGAGAUGUGUUGUUGGUGGUGGGGCAGGCAUCGAGGGUGGGCAGGAGUUUGGCGUUUUUGACGGUCAAUAUUUCGAAAGUCUUGCCCAGUGGAGAGACACAGAUUGUGGCGACGGGGACGCAUACGAAGUACAUCAAGCAGUAG